UCGCCAUCGCUAGUGCUUUCAAUAGUGGUUGCGAUAUUUUUCAGAACUUUGGAGUUUAUUCUUAUUUUGAACGUGAUAGAAUUAAUAUCUUUAUUUCAGAUGGCUGGGUGUGAACGGGAGCAAAAGACUCUGUACGUUGGCAAUCUUUGCGAAGACGUCACAGAGGACCUUUUGCUAUCCAUAUUCGGGAAGGUCUCAUCUUGUACGAGUUGCAAGAUUAAGAGAGAGGAGACGACAGAGUACGUCGAACUAGAAAAUCGAAAAAGAAAAAUUGUAACGAAAGAUGGAGGGCAGGGAGAUCCAUAUGCCUUUAUAGACUUCGCCACCCAUGAAGAUGCAGCAAUAGCCUUAGCCAGUUUGAAUAAAAUUUGUUUAAAUAAUAAGGAAAUGAAGGUGAACUGGGCGACGUCACCGGGAAACCAACAAAAACAAGACACAAGUAGGGGAGGAUAUUCGAAGAGGGGCACUUACGAACACUAUCACAUAUUUGUGGGUGACUUAGGUCAGGAUAUAGAGCACCAUCACCUAUGGGAUGCAUUUACGCCAUACGGAGCUGUCUCAGACGUGAAAAUUAUCAAAGACCCACAAAGUAAUAAGUCCAAAGGCUAUGGAUUUGUGUCGUUCGUUAAACGGGAGGAAGCGGAAACCGCCAUAGAGAAAAUGAACGGGCAGUGGUUGGGCAGCAGGUCAAUCCGUACAAAUUGGGCAACAAGGAAACCUCCGGCACCCAAUCAGAAAGAGGCAGUCACACCAAAAUCGUAUGAAGAAGUUUAUAACCAAUCAAGCUUAACAAACUCCACUGUAUAUUGCGGCGGUUUUGAUAAAACAGGGCUCUCCGGAGAUAAUGUGGCCUCACAUUUCUCCCUUGUCCUUACAGAGGAAAUGUUACAAAAGCACUUUGCCGAGUUCGGUACGAUACACGAAAUAAGAAUUUUUAAAGAAAAAGGAUAUGCAUUCAUUCGAUUCGCCGAUCAUGCAAUGGCAACCCGGGCAAUAUGUGGAAUGCACGGCAAAGAGAUAGAGGGAAACACACUGAAAUGUUCCUGGGGACGAGAGUCCGGCGACCCGAAUAAUGCAGCCAAUCAGCAGCAGCAGCAGGUAGGGGGGGUCGGGCAACAACAGUUUUCCAACCAGGUCCAAAAUUACCAAUACUACGGUACCAACAUGUACUGGCCUGCAUUUAGCCAAGCAGCUGCUGCUGCUGCCACACAGUAUGGACAAAUACAACAGCCUGCCACAGGUUACGUGCAGACAGGAGUCACCACCGCCGGACAGUGGCCUGCUGCUUACAACUACCAGAUGGCUGCAGCUUACAACCCUGCCGCGGCAGUUAACGUGGCCGCGAUGGCCAACUAUGGAAUGCAGGUACCUAACGCCGGCCAACAAGCCGCCCAAUAUAACGGGCAACAGGCGGCAAUGAUGGGCUACCAAGUACAACAAGGUCUGUAGAAGGAGUCUUGUAACGGGUGUGUGCAGUGACAUAAGAGACUGGUGGUGAGGGUCAGUCUCAGCAGUCAGGGUACCAGUAAAGUCUCGAGCAAGUCAGCCUGUACACAGGACGUCACAGCCUUUGUUCAAGAAUGCUUUACAUAAUGGACUAACUGCAACAAUGGCAAUUUGCCGUGCAUUGAUACCGUAUAUAUUGUAAAAUAAUGACUUGAAAAGUCAUGUGAUUUUUAGACGGGCACUUGGACGGGUGUCGAUCUUAGGAUCGCUAGGGAGAACCACUGCCGCGAUUGGUGGAGGGAAAAAAUUAUGUUAAUGUAUUCGUGACAAUUUUCCGCGCACAGAAUGAGCCAUCCGUCAGUAGUUCUAGAAUAUGGAUCUCACUUAGGGAAGUGGUGGCUAGCACAAGUCGGUGACACGGAGAAAUGUCUCGAUGCAUUGAAAUGUAAAAAAAAGCAAAAAUGCGUUGUAAUUGUAAAUAGCCAACAUGUGUAGCAGCCGUAGUGUAUUGGGCCCCAUAUAUCAUUAGUUAAUCUGUGUAGGAAUUAGGUAACUCUAUAAUCACUGUAUAGUUAUAAUUGCCCACGUAUUCUGUAUCUAAUGAGCCCUCAUAUGAAAAAAACAGGAAUAUUUAUACCAGAACAUUGUGAGUGUUUUAUUGAUUUGUAAACAAAUGGUGACGAUACAACUUAACAACAAUAUUCAUUAACGUUCGUUACCCGUAUAUAUUCAGUGCAAAUUCGCCCGAUAUGAAUGUACAUUUGCUAUAUAUAGUUCUCAGCCCUGUCGAUAGGUGAUAACAAGUGUUCAUUCGAUAUAAUUUGAUAUGUAUUUGCGUUUUUAUGAAUUCUGUUAAAAUAGAUGCCUUGUGGAACGCCAAUAUAGUCCUAACUCUGUUUAUAGGUGGCGACAGAUGUUCUUUCUGACUUGAUUGCGUUAUUUUAUGUUUAUAUUUAUAUGAGACACCUUUGUAACUCGCUCCAUCUGUUUUGAUGUGUAAGUUCUAAUUAUCACCACUAGAGGGCAGCAGUUGGUGGUGACGUUUUCUUCCUAUUUAUCGAAGCCAGGCUCGUAACUCAUAUCACUCAUAAGCAUAUCAACUUCGAAUAUAGGUUGUUUUGAUCCAGCUUUCGUAGAAAAAAACACGUUUUCCGUCAAUCUGCUUGCUCAUUUUGUGAACAAUCUAAUGAAAAAUUCAGCAUAUCUUCAUGUUUUGCACCGCUUCAUUCAAAUCUGACACGGCUUAGAAAUAUCAUCAAGAAUCAGCAUAAUCUGUCUGAUGCAGCAGUAAAAAGUAGUUGCAUAAUAAUUGAUAAAACAAGUAAUAUUCUGCUGAAAACGUCAGAUUUUUUAUGAUACCAUAGCCCACAUGCCCAGGUAUGUUGAAAUUAUUUCAGUCCAGGAGAAAAUCUGUAAUUUUUCUCCUUGGACGUGCUUCCAAUACCACCAGUGACACCCAAAUAAACAUCAAAAGUAAAAAUGUGCAAUCAGUCUUCACUUCCCUAUUCUUCAAACAAGCAAAUCGACCGCUUUCUCUUCUAUUUUUCUGCAAGCUCGGAUUUUUCAGCCCUGUAUCCUGCAUCUCACCAACUGCCGUCCUCUGCUGUAGACCUUCUCAUCGCAGAUGGUUGGAUAUGUUAUCGGUAUAUUUUCAUACCUUGUUCGGUCGUUUGGAGCGAAGAUAAAAGUUUUGUAGAUCGGCCCAAGUCGCUAAAGUAUCGUAUGGACACCUAGAGUUGCAAAUUAAGGAUUCAGGUUAAAUUUCCAUGGAAAGACUUUGUUAUUAUUCAAAUGUUAUAAUCUGUUUCUUCUGUUAUACUAUGGGUUACUGAAUUGAAAGUCUAUUUUGAUUCGAUGAAUGCGGUACUCAUGAGGUCUGUCAACAUGACAGAGCUAAUAUGACCACCAGUUGUGACCCAAUCUCAAUAAUGCUGUGGUAUAGACUGAUCUACAAGUACAUGUACUAUAAAUGCAACGUUUCAGCUAAAUUGACUUGCACAGUAACUGCACUUACAGCAAGACUUAUUCUUAUUAACCUGAGCCGCAUGGGAAUAGAAUAAUACACGAACAUCACGGACCUCUGAUAAAAGAUGACAUUUCUGAAAGACAAUAUUCAUUUUAUUCCCUUUAUUUUUUCCCCCAGAGUUUUUUACUCUUCUAAACGUGGAUUGUAUUGGUGAAGGAAGUCAAAUUAUUGGUCACACAUUUUGUUCUCUUUUGAUUAUUUUCAACUCGCCCAAGACAUAAUAUCAGCCUGGCAUCGCGGGUUUGUAACAUGCGAAUUGGGGUUUGUACUUUUAUAUAAGCGUUGUUAAAAUGACACAGACUGGGUGUACGGAUAAAUCGCCCUUCCAUGCCUAUAAAUGUGGUCUCGAAGAUAAAAUGUGCUGCCUCACGACCAUUUGCAAUGCAUUGUUUGAAUUUUUAUUGGAUCAAACGUUUUUGUUUUGAAUAAUUGUCAAUGUUUUUCACCCUUGAACACUGAUAUUACGUUAGAACAUUCAGGUGAUCUUCGCUUCUCGAUGUCAAUGCACCAUACCUUCUCCCUGAUCUAGGGCUUAGUUCAUUUCUUAAUUCACGAGUUACAUGUAUGUACUUAAAACAUGAUGCCACCUUCUUAUCGAUUUGUGAGUUGAAAAGGCCUGACAUGUUAUUGUUAAAUACAAGAGUACCCAUUGCGGUGAAUUUUGAUGUUGGGUCAUAUGACAUAGGCCUAAUUAUUAAGCAAACUGACUAUUGUGAAGGAAUGCCAUUGGUCAUUGCCAGGCCGAAAUUCGUCUGUCUUAAAUAUCAAUUUGGACGAUGCUGGAACUGAGAUGUAUUCGAUGACAAAACUCUCAUUGCUGUAAGGCUUUUAGUCUAUUCCACUCUCUUUUAUGACAUCGAUGUGGGGACUAACUUAUUCUUGCAAAAUACACCUAUCAGUUUGCUGGUACUUAAAAACCAAUGAAUUCCUUGAUUAGAAAUUAGGAAAUUUUCAACUCACAAAUUCGAUAUUCAGUAAUGAAGAAGAAUAGUAUUACGUAUAGUUAAGUUUAAACCUGCUUCAGAGUUUCAAAUGGUUUAACCCAUGAAGGGCGGACAGGAAAGCGUUGUUAUAAAUCGUGUUAAGUUAUUGCAACAUUUCAAGAUGCGACUUUAUCAGGAUGUUGGUUGAUUGUAUUGUUGUCAUAGUAACCAUGUAGUAAACAGAAAUGGAGGGAUAUGUAGCGAUGUUUAGUCCAUGAUGCAAAUAUAAGCAACUCUAUGUAUAAAGCGUAUUGACCCAUAUUUAUAGCUGUAGUGUAUUAUUGUAAAUCAACGCUGUCACCCCUUGGAAGCUAAAAUGGGAUGAGCCAUCAAUGGAUGCUGUAGACCACUAAUAUUUUUGUCCAUAAUUCUGCUAAAAACUUGGGUAAUAUCUGAAGUAUUGAUUUGAAAGGCAUUGGAUGAAGAGAUUCAACUAAGCAUAUAGCAACUAUUUAAGUCAAUAUAUUGUAAUCUACAGUAUUUCCACAAACUCGGUUUGGCCUGUAAAUUUCUGAGGGGACUGUCAUAAGAUACCAACUCGUCAUUCAAAAGAUAUUUUUGUGAAGUUUGUGUGUGGUGUAUGUUAAUACUGUGGUUCCCCUUCCAGCGUUAAAUCCUGCAUAUUCGGAAGAGCAGACCACCUUGGUCGUCAUCUUCUCGGUCAUGUGACCACAGUUAACGUAGCCCAUACAAUUUUUCAGCGUUAUGUACAGUUUUCUAAAGGUCACCUUGUGACACCAUCAGACUACAUAUUGUUUACCAAACCCAUUCCAAUAUCCCUUCUGCUCUGCAAUGCAGUUGGGUCAAUCAUGUAUUUUGAUAGAAACAUUUUGGGGCAUUAUUCCUUUCAACUAUUUCAUAGUUUUUCUCCAGGUUUUAGAAGAGGUUGUGUUUUUAAUGCCAAGUUUUUGAUAGAUGGAUCUCCAGAAGCCUUACCCCUUUGUUAUUACAAAUACAUCUCAGUGAGAGUGUAGUUUUAGCUCUUUCCUAUAAAAAUAGUUCAGUUCAGUUGAUCUGUGUGUGACCUUGAAAAGAAAUAUUUGAAAUCAAGCAUUUGUAUUUUCGAUCAUUUAUUUGCGUGAGGAACAAUUUUGGAACUGGCAUCAACCACACUGUUGGAAUAGUUGUGUGCGGUCGUAUUUACAUCACUUCAGCACUUUUUCAGUCCUUCUUAGUCUUCCCUUUGCGCUUUGCGAUUAUCGCCGCUGUAAUUUUGUUAAACACCUAUCCACGACAAUUUUCGCAACACCCAAAACCCUUCCACACACAGCUUACAAGUCUGUCUGGUUGUGGUGGCAUUCGUCUUCAAAAUUUCUCACAGUUUUAAGAUCUAAAAGUUUUCUUGUACUUCUAUCGUGUCGGGUGGGUUUUCACUUUUUUACUGCAUCAAAUUUCUUGUCAAAAUAUGGAGGUUUCCCUGCUCCGUGUGUGCCAACUUUCUCAAAUUUAUAUCCAGGAUUGAAAAUCCAUCGAUUGUAACAUAAUAUACGUUCCUUGGGGUCAAGCUACACGAAAUGUCGGCUGCUGUACAAAGGCAGUGUCGACAACGUGUUGGGCAGCGCAUGUGCCAUAUUUUAUACCUAAACUGACUGUAAAUAGUUGUCCGAGUAUGGCUUGUCCCCUGAACUUUUGAUACGUCAAACAAGAACAUGUUGUUUUAUAGUCUUUUUCAAACGAAAGUCAAUGCGUAGAUGUCAUGGUGCUAGUUACUUAACUUACGAUUCUGAAUGUUAACAUAACCGCUGUUCAGGCUAUUCCAGUUUUUACACCUCCUCAGUUAUGUCAUUCCAAUGCGGUUCCAUAAUUGUUUCCCACUCGUGAUUAUUUACAGAUCGAAUAAGAAAGAAGUGCACAAAUGGUUGUAAUAUUUUAGAAAUUGGAAGUGGAUAUGCGUGAAUCUUUAUGCGGAUUAAUUGCCACUUUUGGGAUUUUAUGUUAACUCACAAAGAAUUUAAUCACGUGUCUUUUUCGAUAGUUGAAAUAGUAUUGAAGCCUAAACGAUUUUCAUUGAAUUAGUUUGUUUUUAGUUUAUCUCAUUCUUUAUAUUAUUGUGUGGUGUAUAAUAUUCAGGGUGUUUUCAUCUCAAAUUAUCUAACAUGCUUUGAGCAUGCAAAAAGGUUGUGAAGGCAUUUUCAUUUCAUCAGAUCAUUCAUGAAGCUGUAAUUACAUUUAUGGUUGUUGCUCUGCAUAUGUAUAUCUUGAAUUUCGAAGUUCACCCCUUCAUAAAUGUCGCUAAUAAGGAUAAUUAGUUAAUGAACCAAUAAUCAUUGUAAUUAGUGAGCCAUGCAAAUAUAAAGACUAGAUGUUUAAGAUGUGUAAAAAAAUAGUAUUUGACUAAAAAGAUUUUCAUAUUGAUUUUGAGGUAAUUUUACUUGAACUUUUCACGGUCACACAAAUAAACAUUGGGGUAGUGCUUCUGGAAGAGGUCCCAUUUCACAGGUAACCAUUCGCCAUACGAGUCCCUAGAUUUCAUAAUCAUGCACUGUUCUCUCCAUUGACUGCUUUGUAGCUUGGUUAUAAAGACCAUUAUACCCUAGACAUGUUAGAUAUUCCUCCCCUUUAUUCAGGGGGGAGUGUAGAUGAUUUUCAAGGACGUAAGGGCAGGACAACAUCUCAUUACGCUAUGAACAGACCUGGUUGCCAGGUGGUUGCACAGGUCCGUGAUGUCAGACAAAUAACCAAGUACCAACAGUUCUCUGGAAGAAACCAGACAUUCUGACGACACUUCCUACUGGUCCUAAUUGGCUUGAUCUGAAUACCAAAAUGACCAUUUUCUAGCGACAUUUGUCUGUGUAUGUGUAGUUUUAUCAUGUGCUGUUUAAUUGUACACGAUAUGUUAAAAAUGUCUGUUUACCCUGUCUGGAAUGGAAAAAAUACUUGUCAGUCAGUCUGUCAGUCUAUCAACUCUUAAGCAAUUUGCAAACAAGCAAUUUUAAUUGCUGCGAUUGAAAGAUAAUGAGGACACUUACUCAGGUAAUAAGUUUUGACAAUAUUUUGGUCGUUUCUGUCAGGGUAAAAAGACGCUUGUUUAAAAUGCGCAUCCAUUUUAGUGAUCUGUUUUGAUUGGUUUGUAGUCUGCUCUCCUUGGGAUUCUCUGCUGGUCAUUCAUUUGUCCAUGGCCCCGGUUACACGAGCGUGAUCCAAAGCAGACUGCUUCUGCAGAUUGUCAGUGUUGUUGCCAUUGAUUUAUUGGCACUGAUAUAUUCAACAGGGAUUUUUCUCAAAUGCGGCAUGGAGGCGCUCUUCAUUCAGUUCAAAACCACAGAAGUACUUCACAAGUAUUACAGUUGUCUAAGUGCAUGAUUUUCAAAAGCACUAGAUACGAGAUGCCUUCAAUUCAGGGUUUUAUUACUCAAGCGGAAAAGCAUUCUGGGGGAAAGACUAAAAAAACAAUCAUCGAAUCGCUAAAAUGAUAUGCUCAUAUCACGCACCAAAUGUAUUAUCAUUGUACUGUAUUCAGGUCCAUUCAGUGAGUGGAUGCAUAAAAAUCAGGUUGUCAACCUCGAUCUAGGGGACUUUCCCUCCCCUCCCAAGACGGUAUUGGCCAGAAUUAAUCUGUGUCAACAAAUUUUGGGUGUGGGUUCAUGUAAAUAUAUAAAUAUAGGUAGACAGUAUAAAUAAAUAUAUAUAUGGGUGUCUGUGAUUCGUGGUUCUGGUACAUCAUGUAUAAGUCAAUAUAUAUAUAUGCAGUGAAAACGUAUAUAACCAAGAUUGUAGCCUUGGUACAUCAUGUUAGUAUACACCCAUGUUAUUAUGUAAAUGUAUGUGCAACAAAACUGAUGCACUCACGGUUUUAUGCAACGUCGGGCCGUAGUAUUUGCCAUGGUACGCCGCUGUGACGAGUGGAUUCUUUUUCAAGAGGUGCGAUAGACAUUGCCUUGCGACUCGUGGAUAGCAAAAUAUUCUGAAGACGUUGUGGUCCCGGAAUUAUUGCUUCAAAGCAUAAUACGAAAGUAGUUUCAGAUGAAAUGGUGCAGUUUCACUCUGCUUGUCUGUUGUGUAGAGGAUCGUAACCUCGUCCCAAAACAUGCUACAGAAGUCAUGACAAGGAUUAGCAUGUUGGUGAGAAUGGCAUGCAGUCUUUGUUCCACUCAACUGAUAUUCGCCAAACUGCCUGUAAAUCCGUUAAAAUGAGUUUGUCGCACCUCUUCAGAAUGGAUGUACUGUAUUAUUUGUUAUGCGUCUGUCAACAUGUGAGUUGUUGAACGGCGUUAUGACGUGUUUUGUGGAAAACUGUAUUUAAAACCAUUGCAAGGCAUUUUGUAUUUUAUAUGUGGGACAAUUGAAAAAACAACCUCGGGGGUUAAUUACCAACAUUCUUGUCCUAUUUCGAUAAAUCCUUGAGUCGGGGUCAGACAUCAAUGGCUUGGUCAUCCCCGAGUUACUUCGCAUUUUAAACGGGUAGACGUUCGCCAGGUAAACCAGUCUUCUUCAAGUGUCGCGGAGGACUGACUGCGAUUCCUAGAAUGAUUACGUGUAGCAGUUAGGACAACCUUUGAAUAUUCCAGAGCUAGGCAAAAGUUAUACUUCAGAUAACUGGCUUACUGUGUCUGAUUACUGAUACCAGUGAGGGCAACCAUUGAAUAUUCCAGAGCUGGGCAGAAGUAAGACUUCUGAUUACUGGCUAACUGUGUCUGAUUACUAGUACCAGUGAGGGCAACCUUUAAAUAUUCCCGGACUUACUGUUUACAAGUGACCAAGUGCCUGAUGUCUUCAUGUUAUCCAGUAUUCGGAGGUUUUAUCGAAGGUGCCCCCCUUUCUCCUUUGUUAAAACUGCUCUCUCGGGAGCGUCAAAGCGAACAUAUGUGUGUAUCCUCAUGUAAAAUGUAAAUGGUUUUGGUACAAGUUUUUUGAGCACUGUUGAUAAAUGUAAAUGUUUUAUAUGUGGUAUGUAGGUCACUACUGUAGUAUAUUAACCUGGUGUCGAUAAUGUUAAGUACCGCCAAUUUUGUCUCGGUUGAAAUCUGGGCGUGUUGGGCCAAUCGAUUUAAGGGUGUCUGAUACGUCAACACCCAAGCAUUUAUUAAUCAUUUGUUUCAGAAAUGUGGUUCAAUCGAAUCCAGGGACACGGGUUGUGGAUUUAUUUACUGAACUGCUGUAUAAAAUGUUGUGGCCUGGCUUCCGGAAUGUGCUUGUUUUGGGAGUCAAAUGUUGUGUUAAUUGUUGUAGGUACCUGUGUCUUCUUAGACAAAUUGUUCGCACGAGUUUGUGAGUUUGUCGAAGGUCGCAUUUAGCUUUAAAAAUGAACAUGGCAGAUAAACUGAGAAGUUAACCCAUUAGAGACUGAGAGGCUGGCCAGAACUAACUGAGGCUGUUACUGGUUUCUUUUCAAUGGAUUUUUUGUUUUUAUCGAAUAAUAGGGCAUAAUUGCAUUGUUUGAAAUCGGCCGAUUGGGACACCCAUAUUUAUGGAGGGUUGCAAAGUGUGAAUAAAUUUGUAAAGCUUAUCCUCAGUCUUUAGUCGGUCAGCUGAACACAUAAUAUUGUAGAUGUAAGAAUUUCACACAAAUUGUAGGAAUUUUUGUUGCAAAAAUAUGUCUACAUAUGCAGCAGAUGUGUAAAAAGUGUACUGUGUAUGCUGCAAUCCUAUUGGUUAGAAUGAAAACUAUGCAGUAUUUAAAAACCCGCAUUGAGAAAUCUAUUGGAAGCAAAUAAUUUCUUUGAUGCAUUUGAUAGAAAUCCUGAACUACUUUAAACUGUUUCAAAAAGCGUUAAGAUUGCGACAAUUUCUUGCCUUCCAGUUGCAACAAUCUCAAAAAAUAUCUUCUGCCCGAUAAGAAGGGCUCCUCCUAUCAAUGGUAAAAUGAUCUACUCGCUGACCUGGAUUGUAGGCAUCUUCAGUUAGAGCAUAAUAUUGUAUAACGUACCGCUAGUUGUAUUUGUGGCUGGUACUAAAAUCUGCUGUAACUCUGGGGCAAUAGAUACAUAGUGACCGAACCUUUCCAGGGCAAAUAAAGAGAACUAUAAAUUUGUACAAGUAA